ACCGGCCCCGGCCCCGGCUCAGUGCCCGCCGCCCGCACAGCCGCUGCCCGGGCCGUGAGGGCCCAUCUUGGACCGCCAGCCCCGCGGCGUGGACCGGGGGCGGGGGGGGGGGGGGGGGCGCGGCGACCCCCCCGGCCAUGGGCAGCCACGAGAAGGACCCGGCGUCACCCAGGAGGGCCCCGUCGCGCUCCAACAGCACCGUGUCCUCCAAGCACAGCAGCGUCCAGCAGGGCUCGGAGAGCUGGGAGGUGGUGGAGGAGCCCCGUGGCCGGGGCAGCCCGUGCCGGGAGCCGCCGCGGCAGGAGGGCUUCCUGCUGAAGAAGAGGAAAUGGCCCCUCAAGGGCUGGCACAAGAGGUACUUUGUGCUGGAAAACGGCAUCCUGACGUAUGCCACCACGCGCCAGGACGUCCUCAAGGGCAAACUGCACGGCGCCAUCGAUGUCCGUCAGUCCGUCAUGUCCGUCAACAAGAAGGCGCAGCGGGUUGACCUGGACACGGAGGACAACAUCUACCACCUCAAGAUCAAGUCCCCGGAGCUCUUUGCCAGCUGGGUGAGCAGCCUCUGCUCCCAUCACCAGGGCGAGAGGCCGGACCCCCUCGCCUGCCCCAGCGGGGGUCCCGCCGGGAGGACCCCCACCGCUGCACAGGGCCCGUGGACACGGAUCCUGCCCUCGGGCAGUGCCCCCGCCCUGUCCGCCCUUGCCAGCUCCCGGGACAAGGUGGACGCGUGGCUGAAGGACAGCGACGGGCUGGAGCGCUGCUCGGCCGAGCUGUCGGCGUGCCAGGAGCAGCUGCGGGAGCUGACGGGGAUGCUGCAGAGCCUCGAGUCCCUGCACCGCAUCCCCUCCGCGCCCCUCAUCUCCGGCGGCCAGCCCUCAGCCGCCGCAGAGAGGCCCAAGAAGGGCAGGAGGAGCACCAGGAUCUGGUGCACCCAGAGCUUCGCCAAGGACGACUCCAUCGGCAGGGUGGGCCGCCUGCACGGCUCCGUCCCCAACCUCUCGCGCUACCUGGAGCCCUGCCAGGGCCAGCUGCCCUUCAGCCUCCCGCCCGAGUACAGCCAGCUGCAGCGGAGCUUCUGGGUCCUGGCCCAGAAAGUGCACGGCUCGCUCAGCAGCGUGGUGGCGGCGCUGACGGCCGAGAGGGCUCGCCUGGAGGAGAUGCGGCAGGCGCUGGACCGGCGGCGCUCAGCCCCGCGCCCGGGCAGCGCCGGCCCCGCUGGGGCCGCCCUGCCCAGCCUGGAGCCGCGGGACGGGCUGCGCCGCUUCCACUCCCUGUCCGUCUCCUCCGACACCACCCUGGACUCCUUCGCCUCGCUGCACCCCGAUGAGCCCGACACGUUGCCCGCCAAGGGCCGGGAGCAGCAGCGCUCGCAGCGCAGCAUCGCCUCGCUGGCCGACUCGCACACCGAGUUCUUCGACGCCUGCGAGGUCUUCCUCUCCGCCAGCUCCUCCGAGAAUGAGGCCUCGGAUGACGAGUCCUGCAUCAGCGAGGCCACCAACAGCAUCUGCGAGGACCCGGCCGAGCCGGGGGGGCCCGGGCACCCCCAAACAGGAGCGGACAGCCCGGGGGGGCCGGCGGAGCUGCCCCCGCUGGAGCUACCGGGGCCGGGCCUGCAGCGGCGCAGCCGCCUGCCCGCGCCCCCCGCGCCGCCGGGGGACGUGAGCCUGUGGGGGCUGCUGCGGAGCAGCGUGGGGAAGGAUCUGUCCCGCGUGGCGCUGCCCGUGCAGCUCAACGAGCCGCUCAACACGCUGCAGCGCCUCUGCGAGGAGCUCGAGUACAGCGCCCUGCUCGACCGCGCCGCCCGCGCCCGCGACCCCCGGCAGCGCCUGGUCUUUGUGGCCGCCUUCGCCGUGUCCGCCUACGCCUCCACCUUCUACCGCGCGGGCAGCAAGCCCUUCAACCCGGUGCUGGGCGAGACCUACGAGUGCGUGCGGCCCGACCGCGGCUUCCGCUUCAUCAGCGAGCAGGUCUGCCACCACCCCCCCAUCUCCGCCUGCCACGCCGAGUCCGACAACUUCAUCUUCUGGCAAGGUGGGUGCCGGGGGGGCUGCGGGGGG